AUGGCAGCUACUCCAAUGGAAGGCAAAUGGGUUCAGCUAAAACAGAAAGGAACUGGACCAGGAGCAAGAAGCUCUCACGCCAUAGCUCUUGUAGGAAACAAAGUCUACGCCUUUGGCGGCGAGUUCCAACCACGUCCUGAAAACAGAAGCUACCACUCUAUUACUACUGAUUCUCAGAACGUGUAUGUGUUUGGUGGGUGUGGAGUUGAUGGACGUCUCAAUGAUCUUUGGGCGUACAACGUUGUUGAUGAGAAAUGGAUUAAGUUCCCAUCUCCUGGAGAGGGCUGUAAAGGAAGAGGAGGUCCAGGGCUUGAGGUGGUUGAAGGUAAGAUAUGGGUUGUGUAUGGAUUCACAGGAGAUGAAGCAGAUAAUGUUCAUUGUUUUGACAUAGGUAAAGGAGAAUGGAAAGAAGUUGAGACAAAAGGGGAGAAACCCUCUGCGAGAAGUGUGUUUUCCACUGCUUUGGACAGAGGUGCUUUAGCAACUCGACUGAAAAGCAGAGGGAGUCACCGACUAAAGCAAGCCAAGAAAGGAAUAUGA